AUGCCGUCAGUCGGUGGUAAAAGACGAUUGAAUGAAGGUGUGAGUGAUGAACAGAAAAAUGAUCAACGUGUAUGCAAUCAUGAGAAUUAUAAUUAUUAUGCAAAGUGUGGACAGAUUACAUCAACCCGCUAUAAUUACUACAGUGAAUCAGUCAUCAAAACUCAUGGUAAUUAUACACGGAACUCUAUUGAAGCAUCAGCGGGAUUAUCCUGCCUUAAUGAAGAUGAACAGAUUACCCGUACAGGUGAUAAUGAUGAAAGUGGCGCAGAUGAAUUUGCCCGAAUGGACGAAAAUCAAGUAUUUGAAGAAGAUUUCCACUACAAGACGUGUGCUUAUUUCAGUUG